GGGGGUGGAGAAUAAUAGCCUUCAACAUCAGCCUUAUCGCUGAGCAGCAUCCAGCUGCCUCCCCGCUGGAGAGGAGGGAUGUUUCCUCAGUCUGUGCGGUGGUGUAGGGGCUGUUCCCUCAGCAGAUCCCAGCUCAGUCCGUCCAGAGCAGCGGCGGGGAUGAGCGCUGGGGACUAGGUGCCAAAGCAACAACGCAUUUCACAGUGAUGGCCUCAGCUGCGCAGCUGUGCCGGUGAUCCUGCUGCUGCAUGUAGGGAAGAAGCAGAGACGCCUUGACAACCGACCUACCUUUCUCUCUCUCUCAAAAAAAGAAAAGGCUGGGAGAGGGGAAAAAGAAAACACACCAGCAUAAACAAAUGCGACCAUGUACAGCGUGGAGGACCUCCUCAUCUCUCAUGGAUACAAGCUGCCCAAGCAUAGCACCCCUUCCUCCACCCCUAUCCCAGCCCCCGCAUCAACGUCCCACCAGGCUCCCUCGUCCUCACCUCCGUCCUACAGCAAACACCAUGAAAUCCUAGAGAACAGGCCCGGCCCCAGGGCAGUAAAUGGCUAUGAAAGAGGGCCUGGGAUGCCCUUUGGAAACGGAGGCGGAACCAGGCCGCCCCAAGCGUACGCCAGCGGCUGUCCCAACAACAACAAUGAACCUAGGGACAGAGGCCUGUCGAGGCGGGAGGGCGAGGGCCGGAGCCAAAUGGACACCCACUCCUUGGGGGAGUCGCUGACCUCAGACAGCGGGUUCUGUGAUGGCACCAGAGGUCCUCAGGCGCAGUCCAAGGAUGUGUCCUACUGGAGGAGGAGAGGCCAGGACUUCACUGUGCUACUGGACUAUGCAGACCCCCAUGGAGGGGGCCAGGGGGGUUGCAGCAGGCCGGAGGGGUCUCAGCAAGCAAGAGGCCAAGAGUUUUCUGCAGAGGAGCGUCAGAGAGCAGCUCAGGAGAGGCAGCGCUGGGCGGCCCAGGCCCAGGCUCAGGUGCAGGCUCACGCCCAGGUCCAGGCUCAGUCCCGCUCUAGAGAGAGGGAAGCUGCUCUCCAUCAGUGGAGGAUGGCGAAUGAGAGGAAGUGUCAGAGCCUGGGGACAGAUGAGUGGCGUCCAGCCGUGAGCUUUAGUCGCCAGCUGUCCCAGAGUGAGGGUGAGCGUUGGGCACAUGAGCAGCAGCGACUCCAUGCCAGGACACCAGAGGGUAUGGUAGUCCAUCCAAGGACCAAAGCCAAAUCCCAGUCCCUGCCUAGGAUGCUGCAGCCUGAGAGCCUGCAAUUCGUGGACAUAGACCCGUCCAGUCUGGAACUGUACAGACGGGUCAAUGGCCACCCGGUAUCACAACAUGACUUUUAUAGAGCACCCCGCUGGCCGGAGAAUGGCAGGCCGGCUAGCGCAAACCAACUCUCAAUGACACCAAAGCCCCGCUUCACGAGACCCCCCAGACCUCCCUCUUAUGAGAUGCACCAGCAGAUCAGGGGAAGCUGUGAGAUGUUGUCUGGGAGAGACUCAGUGAUUUCCCAUGCCAGGGACAGAACGCCACUUCCAAUACAAAGGAUAGAUGACCCUCAACUGGACUUUUAUGGACAGGACUCUGAACCUCCGGGAUACAUCGCUCCCCCAUCGUACAGAAGAGCUCCUUUGAUGGCAGGGGCGUGUCGGGGAUAUGGUGAAAUUGCUGUUGACUACAGGUACAGAGGGGAUGUGUACCAGCAGAUACAAGUGGCUCCAGAUGGUUCUCACUGGUUCAGACAUCCAGCUGGUUCCUGGCCUGAUCACCAGAGAGAAAGGAUAAUGUCUAGCCAGAAGCAGCUUUACCCCAUGUAUAUGACCCAACAGCGGCCUGGUGGAGCGAUUCAAUACAUCCCCUUUGAUGACCCCCGCAUCCGCCAUAUUUCCUCAGCCCUGGGUGGCAACUCCCUGACGGACGCUGACAAGAUCCGGCACAUCCGCAACGAGCUUCCCAGCGUCACCGUGUCGGAGCCUGCAUCCAGCGACAGUGCCUUUUUGCCCCCGCCAUUGGGGCCUUUCAUCUCAGCCAAACUGGCCGAUGAUGCCAACCCAACGUCUUCUAGGGACAAUGACAAUAACAGGUGGCACAGUGAUUUGCACAAAGAGGCGGUUGAUAACUUCCCAGCAACGGACCAAAACUGCAACAACAGAUACCCCAAAAACCCACGUCCUCCUCCAUCUCCCUCUUCAGCCUUCCAGGCCCCAUUAUCAAGAAGUUCUUCUCGACAGGGGUCCAGCUCAGAUAAGGUCUUUGCAGAAACCAUCACCCAAGUAAAAAAAAUUGUCCCAGAUACACGGCCAGAGAACACAAAGAGAAGAGUAAGUGAGACCAUCUUCUGCCUUGUGUCUGUCCCUGUUCACACACCGACUAACAUUAGCAAAGACUUACCAGCAGACCAGAACAAUAAUGAGACAAUACCAAGCCUGACUGUCAGCAACAAAGACAUAUUCGCUGUAGGACUCAAAGAGAGCCCCAAUGUGCGGAGCAAGUCAGUGAAUGAAAUGCCCAUAACACCCCACUACUCUCACUUUCACACCAGCAGCAGUUUCUCAAUGAGGAACUACAAGAGGGCUCCUCUAAGGAAGGAGAUAAUAGAUGCCUGGGCUCUCCAAGCCAGUCAAGAUAAAGAGUUGUGCUACUCUGGGUCCUGGCCUGGAAACCAGUACCGUAACCAGGAAACUCAGACUGGCUCACCUUUGACGGUAGUAAAAAGUCCAGAACCCAAAAGUCCUCCUGGGGCUCAAGAGCCUGUUCAGUCUGCCUCAGACACAACUACUGACAGAGGUCUAGGAACAGACGGUAGUUCUGCUUAUGGUUACCCCAUGGCAGGCCAGAAAAACCUACAUCCCUCUAGUAACAGCGCCUUCUCCCGUCUCAGCCUCAGCCCAACACAGCAGACACACCUUGAACCCUCACGAGACCCUCUACCACAAACAAAGGCCCAGGAUCAGGCAUCUUCCCCGAAGAAGAGCACCUCCAGUCCCCUGGAGGAUGAAGAGCAAGUGACCUUUGGUCAGUUUCUCUUAAAGCCAGUGAAUCGACGACCCUGUGAUGCCAUUGAUGAACUGGAGACCAUUAAUAAGGAGAUGGAAGAAACAAUCAGCAAGAGACCCAAUGUGGGUCAGUGCAUUGACGAUCUAGAUGGGUUGAAUAAGAUGUUAGACCUACAUUCAGGAGCACAUUUCAUUGCUGGACCAGAAUCAGUUAGGGAAGCAAUCAGUUUUCCAAUAAUGCACACAGAAAAACCCAGUAUAAAAGUCAGAUCAAAGUCCUUGGCUUCCACCCCUGAUUCGGACUCACUGGACUUAAAGAGUGCUUUCUUCAGGCCACAGGCCAACAACAUACCACCAACAAAUGAGCUACCCAUAUUCUCCAACCCUGACCCCAAAGACAGUUGCCUCCAGCCCUCACUACCAAAACACAAUGAGUCAAGCCGGCUCUAUAGACAGGAUAUCCCAGUCCCUCAAGAGUCCUUGCUGAGGGAUGUGGGAUUAACCGUCUACACAGAGACUCCUGGGGGUCCUGGGGAGCCAAUGCAGCGCUCACUCUCAGUCCCAUCUCCACUUGGUCAUAAGGAGCUUAGUCAGUCAAUGCAGCUCCCAUUGGAGAGCAGGACAGCACUUGUUAAAAAUAGCGGUAGCCCUGAGCACAAAUCAAAUAAAGAACUUCAAGCUAAGGUAAAAACUGAGAGAAAGGUGAAAUCACCACCAUUCAGGGGCGAGGUGAAUUUAGGCAUCUAUAGAACCAGGAGUGAAAGCAGUGCAUCACCACAUAAAGAGGGUUCAUCAUAUAUCAACAGGCUGAACAGGGAAGUUUCUUUUCUGUUAAGGGAUGAUGCUGUCAUUGGUAGAAAUGCCCUCUCUGAGCCUCUGAACUACAAGAAUGAGUCCACGAUAGCAGAUAAGCACCUUGAGAACUUACUGAAUCAGGAGAAGGCCAAUUCUUUACCUGCCGAAGACCUCAGCAAGCUCUAUGAGGUGAAAUUUGGAGAAGGUAUCCCUGAAAAUGAGUCCAUCGAGCAGAGGGCUGCCAGAAUCCUGGGUAUAGCAGUUCCUGUGGAGGCCUUGGGUGUGGCUGACAAACUUUUAGAGGACAACCUUAAUGAUAUGGGUACCACUGUCAUCGAGAAACUACAAAGCCAAAGCGAAGAGCCACAGCAGUUGAUAGCAGAGUAUGAGCAAGUCAAAGAUGAACCUGUGAUUAUUCAGGGAGCAAAGCAUGAGCAGGUCCAAGAUGAACCCCUGAUCUUCCAGGAAGCAGAGCAUGAGCAAGUCAAAGAUGAGCCCAUAAUUCUCCAGGGAGCAGAGCAUGAGCAAGUCAAAGAUGAGCCCAUUAUUGUCCAGGGAGCAGAGCAUGAGCAAGUCAAAGAUGAACCCAUUAUUGUCCAGGGAGCAGAGCAUGAGCAAGUCAAAGAUGAGCCCAUCAUUGUCCAGGAAGCAGAGCAUGAGCAAGUCAAAGAUGAGCCCAUCAUUGUCCAGGAAGCAGAGCAUGAGCAAGUCAAAGAUGAGCCCAUAAUUCUCCAGGGAGCAGAGCAUGAGCAAGUCAAAGAUGAGCCUGUGAUUGGAGCAGAGCAUGAGCAAGUCCAAGAUGAGCCUGUGAUUGUCCAGGGAGCAGAGCAUGAGCAAGUCCAAGAUGAGCUCCCGACUGCUCAGGGAGCAAAGGCAGAGGAGGUCGAGGGGAGAGGUUCAGAAGUGGACCUCCAAGAAGGAUACAGACAAAACCACAGCAGCAACCACAGUGACCAGGAUACUGGGAUUCAGUCCCUGGUGGUACUGGACCUGCCCGAGUUUCCACCUAAUAAGCUUCCCCUCUCCCUUCCCGUAACAUCUGAUGACAAGUUAACACUUAGCAUUUGCAGUGUAGAGAGGAAAGGGCGAGGUGGGACAUGCAAACUAAUCGAAUCCAUGCACGAUAAGCUUAAUUAUUCCGCUUCUUCUACAUCUUUGCACAUGUCAACUCCAGAAAGAAGGGCCCGCCUGAAAGAGCUGGACUCAGUAUCUCGAAUAAGACGCCUCAGCCUCAAAGGUUCGGAGUCUGGGGAAGCAAUGUAUUCUAAAGAAAUGGACGGUGACAGAGAGGAGAAUGAAGUCCAGGAAGUGCCAAAGGAGCAAGUUGUAGGGAAACAAGCAGAGGAAGAGGAUACAAAGCUUAAUGAAGAAGCAGGGAAUGUGGAGGAGAACCCAGAUGAACAUGAGAAUGCACAUAAAACACAUGAAAAGUUGGGAGAUCCUGAAGAAGAUUGUAAACCUAAAGAAGAAGCGAAUGGAGGGACAUGUCAGGAAGAGCAAAGACAAGAAGAAAAGACAGAAGAGAUGAAUGUUGAGAUUGCACUAAAACUAGAAAAUGAAGGGAGUGAAGAAGUACAUGUUGAAUUAAAAACAGUAGAGCCAGGAGAGAAGAUGGAGCUUAAAAUUGUUGAGGAUUGCAAAGAAAAGCCUUUGGAAAAGGUGAGAGAGCGCCAGAAUACAGCAGAGGUCAGAAGAGCUGAGGCAACACAGGGCACUAAGGUGAAAAAGGUGCCCAAACCAAAGCAGCGCACAAAGCUGCAGAAGCCUCCUCUGCUUCCUAAACCUCGCAGUGUUCCCAAGAGAGAAAUAACACUGCCUGUCAGCUUCAGCACUGGGACCCGUGGCCCCUCAAAUAUGGAGGAUGAGGAGAAGCACUCUGUCUCAGACUCCUACGACCCCAGUCGAGUGGAGAGAGUGUAACCUCUGACACUGCCUUCACAACAGUGGAAAUCUGUAUUUCUCAAGUUAACAGCUUUUCCCAACAACAAAGGCUUUCAUCACACCUCACGGCUUAGUGAGCUGUAACCCCCUUCAAUAUUGUUACGCAUUACUUCUCAAAGAACUGACUGUCCUGGUGCUGCGAGAGCAUUUUUUACAGCCAAAUGAAAAGGCAUUGUCGGUGCCAAUUCUCCGGGCCUUUUCAACCUCGACAUCCUCGUCCUUCCAUUUUCUCCACCUCUCCAAAAGUUGAUUUGCUCAAGUAAGCAGACUUCCUGCUUUUGAAGUUGUCUUAUUUUGCUUUUGGAAAAUGCAUGUCAUUAUUCCCGUCUGCACUUUGGCUCCUUCUCGAGCUUGGGUGUUGAAAUAUGAAUGUAAAAGUGUUUCUACUCAACAUACAAAAGAAAUGUAACAGAAAAAAACCAACAACAGGAAGGCAACAGUAUUGCAUUACAAUCAGUAUUAACCUACACCAAAUGUAAAUAAGAAAGAGUUUUAAGAUUUUAUUAAGAAUAUAAAAAACAAACAAUUUAAGUCAUUAAAUUGCUGGAGAAAUGUAUAUUUUCUUAUAUAUGUUAAGAAAAGACUAGAUUUUUGGAAUUGUGGUCUUUGUGUGUAAUACUUAUAAUAAAACCCCCUGUUCUUUAUUCUUAUACUUGUGUGAUAGAGAAUGUACUCAGAGAGCCUGGAUUGCAAUGAUAAACACUGUGGUCCUUGAAUAGUUUCACUAUAAGCAAUAUAUUUGUCGUAUACGGGAUAUUUGUGACAUGAUUUAAGAAGUAAAUCUCCAUUUCAAGGAGCUGAUCUCAUUUAAGCGUCUGCUUUAUCGUUUGGUACAAGUGUUAGGUUUGCAUUGCUGAGAUUAUUGGCUUUACGUAACAAGUGAGCACCUGAUAAUCUCUUCAAAUACUCAGAGAUUACACUCAGAGGGAUUCAUGUUGUCACCCUCCCCAUUCUCCGGCGCCGUCAGUCUCAGCACCAGCAAUCGCAACGUGUAUCUGAAACGUGUCAUUUCAGUGUUAUUUUUGCUCAUUCUCAUCCUGUUGAAUAAGAAAACAUAUAUUUUGUGGCAUUAACAGAAGUCUAUAUUUAACCGUUGAGUUCUCCUCUGUUCGCUUCUUAGUUCAUGUGUGAUUUCAGAAGUGCUUUUUCUGCAGGAAGUGAUAGAUGUAGCUAUAUUGAUUGCAGUGUGCCUUGUACACACUGUUUCUGUGAACUCCAUUCGUGUGUAACACAUCCAGUAUUGUCCGUUUACAAAUCUUAAUUUAAACUGGACAUCAGUAAUCAUUCUUUAAUCAAAAACUGUUACAGUUGUUUUGGCAAUAAUAAUAAUAAUAUUCAGCUGAAGAAGCUUAAUAUUAAUGCUGUAUAGAACAGUGCUGUUGGAAUACUAAUCACAGUAUCUGAACAUGUUCAAUAAUGUAAUGUUGACAUAUCAGUGCUUUUGUGUGUUGUGGGCAUAACUGGCAAUUGGUUUACACUCACUUCACUUAUGGGGUAGCAAUACAAUAACAUUUAAAAACGUACCAAACUAAACUUUAUGCUAUGCAUUGGACAUUACAUUACAUUACAUGUCAUUUGUUAGACGCUUUUAUCCAAAGCGACUUACAUACAGUCAGUACUGUGGGCAAUCCCCACAGGAACAAUUUGGGGUGAAGUGUCUUGCCCAGGGACACAACGACAUGCUGACUGCAGUGGGACUCGACAUCCACAUUUACUGGGUUUAAUACCAAAAUUCAAAGCUAAACUGUAACUUCUGGUUUGCCUGUUUGAACCUGUCACUCUUUGAUCCAGUAUUUGAUGUUGAUCUGGUCGUAGACUUGCAUAGAAGUAGCUGUGACUGGAGUUUGUCAGUGGAAGCUCAGUGCGAGUCUUUGUCCUGUUACCAACCCAGUACCUGUACCUCUGUGUUCCAGGUAAUGUGUUAUCUGGUCAUUCUCGUAGGUCUUUUUGUACUGCAAGUUCUUUGUAACAUGAUAUAGACUAUUGGUGCACAUCAUGCUUUGAUAUUUUCUAUUUUCAUACAGAAGUAUGUACAGCUUCUUUUGUAUGUGUGGCAUCUUUUUUUCUCUUUUUUUUGUGCAUGAAAUGCGUAAGACGUCACAGAGAGAAGGUGUGUUGCAUAUAAUUGCAUUUGGUACCAUAUAGUCUAUCCAAUAAACAACUGUUAUAUUUCAUA